AUUUAAAAGAUGGCGGACGAAGUGAAGAAGAAAGAGGUCUGCGAUGAAGAACUAGACGAUCUUCUGGACAGUGCCCUCAGUGACUUUGAUAAACCAGCCGUUCCACCAACAAAGAAAGCAAAUUCAGAGGCAUUAGAUGAAAGGAAAACUAAUGAUGAAACUACCGACCAGAAGGCAUCUGGCACAGCAACCCAUUCGGCAGAUAACAUGACACCCAGUAGUACCACUACUGGUGCAGACAACACAAUGCCCAGUGAAGAUGAGCUAAGUAAAAUAUUUGCCACAAGCUUUGCAGAUGCUGCAGCAGACCUAGAAAAGGCCAUGAAAAACAUGGGAGGGGAUUAUGAUCAAGAUUUUGUCUCUCACUUGAAUAAGUUAGCAGAAUCUGCUAAGACUGCUGCUGUUCAAGAACAUCCAGAAGCUAUGGGAGCAUUUGAAGAGAACUUGGCCAAAACAAUGAGUGAUAUGGCACAAAACACAAAGGAUUUAGAGAACUGUGGUCCUGAUCUUCUUGGCGAUGAUCUCCUUAAAGCCAUGUCUGGUAUGGGUGUGGAUGGCAGUGGAGAAUUUGACAUGAUGCCGUUGAUGCAAGGGAUGAUGAAGAAUCUUUUGUCGAAAGAAAUAUUGUAUCCAUCUCUCAAAGAACUUAAUGAAAAAUACCCAGAAUGGUUGGAAAGUAAUAAAUCUAAACAUUCCAGUGAGGACCAUGGCAGGUUUACCAGACAAUACCAAUUUGUUGGUCAAUUAUGUCAAGAGUAUGAGAGUGAAAAACCAGAUGAUACAGAUGAAGUAUCAAAAAAGAGAUUUGAAAAAAUAAUGGAGCUGAUGCAAAAGAUGCAAGAAUGUGGACAACCACCUGAAGAACUAGUUGGUCAAAAUAUUGCUGGCCCAUUUCCACCAGAAAUGCCAGCUGGCAUGCCAGAAAUGCCAGCAGACCUACAAGACCAGUGCAAAGUUUCAUAGCAUUUGGUUUGGCCACAAAAUGCAUCUCGGAACUCAACAUCUAUAUUUUCUGAUCUACCUCAAAAUGUGGUAAUAUAAAAUUGAAGUCAAUUCACAAGGAUGAAUGGCAAGAAGCAUUAAACCUUGAUCAGAUAUUGCUGGAGAAACCUUUGCCUCAAAAAGACUUUAUUUUAUCCCUUCAUAACACUGGUUUCUAUUAAAUCAUAUACCAGCAGUUUCAAGGCCUGUUUGCAAGAUAAUCACUUUUUUAUGAAGACCUACAGCCAACCAAUAAAAUGCUUCAAAUUUUAAGUUCAAAUAAAACCUUAGAAUUGUGUGGCUGCACUAUUGAAACACUAUGCAUUAGAAUCAAGAAAGAACCACAAAAUGACAUUUAAAAUGGAGAGUUUGAAACCCAUUACAUUCUAAAGAUUUAAUCUCAAUUCAUCCUCUUCCUGGAUCUUUGGUAGAUCUCAGCCCUUUUCAUUCCUGCCAAAUAUUCCUCCAGAUUUCAUUUAAUCUUCAAGCACAACAAGGUUUGACAUGUACUGUGAAGUUGAGAUGUACUGUGUUCUUUUUUCUCUUUUUGCAUGCCAAGAAAUUUCAGAAACUCCCCCUGCAAUAAAACCCCAGCUACUCUAAAAGUAGAACUAUGUUUAAUAAAUAUAAAGGAAAAUAUAAAUAAAGUCCAAAACAAGAUAGUGUUGAAUGCUCUUUGAACUUUUAUUCUAAAUCUCUCAUGUUCAUUCACACACAACAAUCGCUAAAAA